GAGGAUGUAGUUCCGCAAUAACUGUUUAUUUUGCUAGCGGGCAAUGACAAGUCUCAGGGAAAUGCUAGCCUGUUAGCAAGAAGUUGAUAACUUCCAUGUAGUUUAUCUUAAAUAGAUAGCAAAACAUAUCGCCCCAGUUUAUGACUUUUAUAAUUUAGGGAACUACGGUUUUAAUUCCAGGUUGUGGCGAUGACUCGUGAUCUUACGCUUGGCGAUGAACUGCCCCACUGGGUGGGAGCAAAAGAGUUCCACCAGAAGUACGAGUCCAAGGAGGUCAUAGGCAGGGGUGUAAGCAGCGUCGUCCGUAGGUGUGUAAACAAGCACACAGGACAAGAAUUCGCAGUGAAGAUCAUUGAGAUCACGGCAGAGAAGAUGACUGCUCAGCAGUUGGAGGAGGUGAAGAGUUCAACACUGAAAGAGAUCCAUGUUCUUAAUGUGCUGAAAGGGCACCCAUCCAUCAUCACACUUAUUGAUUCCUAUGAAUCUGCAACAUUCAUCUUUUUGGUAUUUGACCUCAUGAGAAGAGGAGAGCUGUUUGACUACUUAACAGAAAAGGUCACUCUGAGUGAAAAAGAGACCAGGAGUAUGAUACGUGCUCUUCUGGAGGCAGUCCAGUAUCUUCAUUCCCUUAAUAUCAUACACCGAGACCUCAAGCCUGAAAAUAUCCUUCUGGAUGACCAGGGUAACAUUAAACUCUCUGACUUUGGCUUUUCAGUGCAGCUGCAACCUGCAGAAAAGCUGAGAGAACUGUGUGGUACUCCGGGUUAUCUUGCCCCCGAGAUUCUGAAAUGUUCAAUGGACGAAACACAUGAAGGAUACGGAAAAGAGGUUGACUUGUGGGCUUGUGGUGUGAUUCUGUUCACUCUUCUUGCUGGGUCUCCACCCUUCUGGCACCGUAAACAGAUGCUGAUGCUAAGAAUGAUCAUGGAGGGUCGGUAUCAAUUCAGCUCUCCAGAGUGGGAUGACCGGUCUGAUACUGUCAAGGACCUGAUCUCUAGGCUUUUAGUGCUGGAUCCCUCGGUUCGUCUGACGGCUGAACAAGCCUUAACUCAUCCGUUCUUCCUUCAGUACCAAAAGGAAGAUGUACGACUCUUCAGCCCCAGAAAGACAUUCAGGGUGUUAAUCUUGACGGUCUUGUCCUGCAUUCGUAUGUACUGCCACUAUAACCGGUCCAGACCUCUGACACGAGAGCACCUAAUGAGGGACCCUUACUCUUUACGAGUUGUGCGCAAACUCAUCGAUGGCUGUGCUUUCCGCAUAUAUGGGCACUGGGUCAAGAAAGGAGAACAACAGAACCGAGCUGCUCUUUUUCAAAACACCACUAAAAUUGUUUUACUCGGUCUUGAGGACCUUGAGAACUAAAUGUAAUUUUAUUCUCUAUUUUUAAUCUGUUCAUUUAAGAGUUACUAAUAGUAUUUUUAUUUUUUAAAUGAUACAGUUCAGGGAACACGGAUAUUACCAGUCACACACAAAAAAAAACACAAUAAGAACUAUUUAUUCAUGAUUAAUCAGAAAUCAUACUUUUUUUUUCAUUGUUGUACUUUAUUUUAUUUUUUUCAUUUUUAAUCAUAAAACUUUCACAUAUCAGUUCAGUUUUAUCACUUUAGCUGUCUUUGAAUUUGACCAUUUGAAUGAGUGGACAGUAUAAAAAGUGUGUUUGAUUGAUUGUUACAUAUACAUUACAUAUAUUUCAUUUUUUUUCACCAUCAUUUUAUCACAGAGUAC